AUGGCUACAUAUACGCUCUCUAUUGUAUCGAUUGUGUUCCACGGUGCCGGGGCAGACAGAGGCAAUCUUUUACAGGUCUCGCUCCUAGACCGUGACCGUCUGUGGUACCAAUUCGAUCGGCGCGAUGGCGUUACCAUCCUGAGUCCAAAUUCCGAGGGCUAUUUUCAGGUCGCUACUAUUCCCGCCAGUCAAUAUGCGCGAGCUCAUUCUAUCAUAAGCGAGGAGCCACCCCCGAGGAACGGUAGAGACCGGUGUCAAGAUUGGACGAUGAACUUUGAUGGACUUGUGGGGAAAUCGGCAACGGAACUGGCACAGGCAUUAGGGGGUAGAUGGGUUGCUAAUAGGAGAUAG